AUGUCUACUGCAUACUUUCUAGUGUUCUUCCUUGGGCUAUUGGUUCUCGCGAUUCCCGCGGCCGCCCAUGGUGGUUCUGCCUAUGACGAGGAGAGGCAGAAAACUCUUGUAGAUCGUUUUUAUGCUAGAAUCAAGAACAAGCCCACAACCAUUCAUUUAGCAGAGGAAGCAUCCAGGAAAACCACCAUGAACCAAGAGGGAGAACCUAAGUCCAAGCAAGCAGGUUGUCCACCGGCAGCAACUGCCAUGAAUCGAGCGGAGCAACCAGCUAAGCCCGCAGGUUGUCCACCGGGAGCAACCUGCAUGAAUGCAGCGGAGGAAUCAUCUAAGCACAAGUCAGCAGGUUGCCCACCGGCGGCAACCACCACGAAUCUAGCAGAACAACCAGUUAAGCCAGCUGGUUGUCCACCAGGAGCAACCUGCAUGAAUGCAGCGGAGGAAUCACCUAAGCACAAGUCAGCAGGUUGCCCACCGGCGGCAACCACCAAGAAUCUAGCAGUACAACCAGCUAAGCCAGCUGGUUGUCCACCAGGAGCAACCUGCAUGAAUGCUGAGGAGGAAUCACCUAAGCACAAGUCAGCAGGUUGCCCACCAGCAGCAACCGCCAUGAAUCAAGCGGAACUUCCAGCUAAACCAGCUGGUUGUCCACCGGGAGAAACCUUUAUGAAUGCAGCGGGAGAAGAACCUAAGUCCAAGCUCGCAGGUUGUCCACCAAAAGCAACCUCCGUGAAUGAAUGGGAGAAACCACCUAAGCCAGCAAACGGCUCCGAUGCUGUGGUGAAAGGGCAUAACCCGGCUUCAAUACCAAAAGGGGGAAGUGAUUGA